AUGCAGUUCUCCAAGAUCGCCAUGGCCAGCCUCCUGGGCCUCGCCCUCGGCAGCCCAGUCGACAAGCGAACGCCAGCACAGGUGGAAGCGGACAUCGCCGACAUCAGCUCGGACCUGACCUCCUUCAACACGGCCAUCAACGCCUUCACUGGCUCCCUGAUCCAGGCCCUCUCCCUGCUGACCAGCUACAACAACCUCGCCUCCGCCAUCACCACGGCCACCUCCCAGGUCACCUCCACCGGGGCCCUGGCUGCCGCCGACUCGGCUACCAUCUACGCCGACGUUCAGAGCCUGACUGCUCAGAUCACCGACACGCUCGGUGAUGCUACUGCCAAGCAAUCGGUUGUCGCUUCUUCUGGCUACACGAGCUCCGUCUGCGACGCCCUGUCAACGCUCUCUGCUGACUCCGAUGCGUUCUUCACCGCCCUCGAAGGCACCAUCAACUCCGCCUACACCAGCCAGGUCGAUGCUCUUCAGGCUACCGUGGCUUCGGGGUUCGCUAGCACGAUCUCAACCUACGGAUGUUAA